GCAGAGUCGGCUCAGGGCGCAGCCCCGGGCCUCCGAGCACAGCCCCUGGGACCCCUGGGGAGAGAGAGGGCUCCUCCGGCCAGCCUGCAGUGACCAUGGGAUCCAGAGCUGAGGAGGAGCCCCCCGCCGUGUUCGACUGGUUCUUCGAAGUGGCGCGUCCCCCGUCCCUGCAGGAUGACCCCCUCAUCCUUCACCAGUUUCCCCGGAACUUCCGGGACCAGGAGGCCAUGCAGAUGGUGCCGAAGUUCUGCUUCCCCUUUGAUGUGGAAAGGGAACCGCCCAGCCCAGCUGUCCAACAUUUCACCUUCGCCCUCACGGACCUCACCGGCACCCGUCGAUUCGGUUUCUGCCGCCUUCGGCCGGGAGCUCAGAGCUGCCUCUGUAUCCUCAGCCACCGGCCUUGGUUCGAGGUGUUCUACAAGCUGCUAAACACAGUGGGGGACCUCCUGGCGCAGGAUCAAGUUCCUGAGGCCGAGGAAUUGCUACUUGAGAUCCUGCAGGAACCGCUGCCAGGACCCCAAACCUCUGCGGGGCUGAAUCUGGUCUGUGGAGGAGCAGUUUCCAGCACUCACUGCAUCCUGCCCCCUGCUCCCGGGAACAGCAGACCGCUUUCCUGCUUCGUGGCCCCAGACUCAGCCGGUCUGCCAUCCAUUCCCGAGAAUAGGAACCUCACGGAGCUGGUGGUGGCAGUGACGGAUGAAAACAUCGUGGGACUGUUCGCUGCGCUCCUAGCCGAGAGAAGGAUCCUCGUGACCUCCAGCAAGCUGAGCACGCUGACAUCCUGCGUCCACGCUUCCUGUGCUCUGCUCUACCCCAUGCACUGGGAGCACGUGCUAAUCCCCACGCUGCCGCCCCAUCUGCUGGACUAUUGCUGCGCGCCCAUGCCCUACCUCAUUGGAGUGCACGCCAGUCUCGCCGAGAGAGUGCGGGACAAAGCCCUCGAGGACGUGGUGGUCAUGAACGUGGAUGCCAAUACCUUGGACACGCCGUUCGACGACCUGCAGACGCUCCCUCCGGAUGUGGUGUCCCUGCUGCGGCUGCGGCUAAGGAAGGUCGCGCUGGCCCCCGGGGAAGGCGUGUCGCGGCUGUUCCUCAAAGCCCAGGCGCUGCUUUUUGGAGGGUACCGCGAGGCCCUGGUCUGCAGUCCGGGCCAGCCUGUGACCUUCAAUGAAGAAGCCUUCUUGGCCCAGAAACCCGGGUCGCCCCUGCAGGCCUUCCAUCAGCGGGCUGUGCACCUGCAGCUGUUCAAACAGUUCAUCGAAGGCCGCUUGGAGAAGCUUAAUACAGGAGAAGGUUUCUCGGACCUUUUCGAGCAGGAAAUCACCAGCAGCGGGGCUUCCUCGGGAAUCCUGCGCUCUUACCAGCUCUGGGCAGACAGCCUAAAGAAAGGUGGGGGUGCCCUCCUGCAUUCGGUCAAGAGCAGGACCCAGCCGGCCGUCAAGAACAUGUACCGGACGGCCAAGAGCGGCUUGAAGGGCGUGCAAAACCUUCUGAUGUACAAGGAUGGGGUCUCCUGCAUGCAGAGAGGGGGCUCCCUGAGGGUCCCCACCCCUGCCAGCCGCUCAGACCGCCUGCAGCAACGUCUGCCCAUCACCCAGCACUUUGGACGGAAUCGGCCUCUGCGCCCCAGCAGAAGAUUCCGGCUGCAAGAGGUUCCUCCUGGGGGUUCCCUCAGGGAACGGAGUCCCCCUCUGGACCCCGAGGAUGCCCAGGACCCUGGUGAAGAGGACACAUUGGACGGCAGCUUCCUGGGAUCUGGAGAGGAGCUGGAUUUACUGAGUGAGAUUCUGGACAGUCUCAGCACCAGCACGGCCAGGACUGGCAGCCUCCGGCCCAGCCAGAGCUUGGACUGUUGUCACCUGGGGGCUCUGGACAGCAGCUCCAGCCUGCCCGACAUCCCGGGAAGUCCCCAGUGGUCACUGGAGGAUGAGGACGAGGACCCGUCAAAAUCGCAGCCCCUGUGCCUGUCUGCCCCCUUGGAGUGUCUGCCACCGGCCCCGCCUCAGGACGCCCCUGCCCAGCUGCCCGUCAGAGCCAGUCCGGAAAUCAUGUCCUCAUGCCCACCCACCCAAGCUGGAGCAGAGCCGCACAGCUGUGGGGUCCCUGCACCCCACCUCCCAGAGCCACAGCCCCUCAUUCUCCACCUCUCGCCUCCCCAGAAGACAGCCGAUGAGCCCAGAGCCCAGGAGAGGCCCCCUUCCCCGCCCAGCACUGCACCAGAACAGCCCCCCAGCCCCCCAGGGAGCCCCCAGCGUGUGGUCCCUACAGAGCCCAGCGUGGACCCCCCAGCCUUGGAUUCUGGUUCUCCUGAGAGAACCCAGCUGUAUUCUGGGGUACCGCAAGUAGAUCGCAGCCCCCCGGAAGCCCUGCAGGAGCAGAGAGCACCCCAGUUUCUGAGUACAACUGCCAGCGACAGGCAGGAGACCCAGACCCAGGGUCAUCCCAGAGUAGCAGAACUUAAAAAAUGUUUUGAAAGUUAAAGGAUGGGGGGGUUGGAGCGAUGGUACGGCAGGUGUUGGCUUUGCACACGGCCAACCGGGUUCGAUCCCCGGCAUCCCAUGAGUCCCUGAGCACCCCCGGGAGUGAUCCCCGAGUGCAGGGGCAAGAAUAAACCCUGAGCACUGCCCGGGGUAACCCCACAACAAACAGGAAGAAUCAGGGUUGGGGGUUGGAGUGAUGGGACAGUGAGUCAGCCUCUCGCUUUGCACGCAGCCAAACCAGGGUCUGUCCCUGG